AUGAACGACCUACCUUCGGCUUUUGCUGCUGAUGUUGGCCAUAAUGUCGAAUAUAAAAUUCGCGACCUUGGUACCCGUUCCGUUACUCUCUUCCCUACUCAAGCUCAAGUCACGCGUGAGAUCAAGAAUGUCCCUCUAAAGCCCGGUAUCAAUGAAAUAUCGAUUGUUGGUUUAAGCCCUACUAUUGACAAACACUCUGUCAUGGUGGAAGGCAGCGGGGCUGCUACAAUUACUGGUAUCAGCGUCGAGUUUCUUCCUAACCGUGAAAUCUUUGACGAAGUCUACCCUGACUCUGACGAGGAUGAAUCUGAGAGCGAAGAUGGUAAAGAUGAUGAUCAGCUUCCAGACGUCUCUCAAGACCAGACCCUUCUGGGAGUCAAGAUGAAGCUCAUUGAGCUCAGAGACGAACAACAGAGGGCCAGGGAAAUCGUCGGCAAUGCUGAUAACCGUAUCAAAAUUCUCGACGUGUAUUCACAUUCCCUUGAGAAAAAAGAAGGCAUCAACAUUAGUGAGAUGCUCGAAGUCUACAGGACAGAGCACAUGAAAGCUUUCAAAGAACGCUUGAUUGGUGUGCAGCAGGAAAGAGAAGUCACGGAAGCUAUUAACAACGCCAUAAAAGAACAAUUGCGCCUGACCAAGCUUGCAGAGAAGGCUCGAGCGAAAGAAUCAAAAACAAAAUCCAAAAUUCAGAAGGCUGUCAAGAAGAAGCAGGAGCAGCGCAUGAAACGACUCGAGGAGCAACGCAAGGAAAAGAAACGCAUCCGUGAAGAGCGUGCUCGUUGCUGGCCUCAAUGCUGCUACACUGUACACAUUCAGCUCGAGGUAAAUUCCUCUUACACACCAGCCUCGUCUCGCCGAGAGUCAGUGUCUAGCGAGAUUGAGCUGGUCCAACGGCCUCGAAGCAAGACGAUUGAUAUAGAACAAACGUCCUCGUGCGAUCUGGUUCUGUCGUAUGUGACCGACUCCGCUUUCUGGACACCGAGUUACAACAUGCAAUUGUCAACCGUGACUUCCACGGGUGUUCUUUGCUUUGAUGCUAGUAUUCACAAUACCACAUCUGAGACCUGGGAGAACUGUAAGAUCACCCUAUCCACCUCUCAGGCCACAUCCUCGAGUCUCGACGAGUCCAAUCCUAUCCUAGCACCCUGGCGAAUCAAGCUGGGUAAACGGGGAUCGGCAUCUAGCUCUAGUGGUGUUCUUGAAAGCAGUGCAGAGCGAAUGCAGCAGACCUCCUGGCGCAACAAGAAUAUGGUGACGCGACCGCCAAAGGACCACUUCAAAAGAGAAAUGUUUGGUCUCACUCCCGAUCUAGGUGGCCAUGCCCUAUCGGAUUACCAAAUGCAGCUGAUGCUACUCGAGCAGCAGAACCAAAAGAGGAUGAUGAUGGCCAGACAGGAGAACAGCUCUUUGCCCCCAGCACCUUGGGAACAACUACGUGCGCAACAACAGGCGAUGCAGCAGCAACAGAUGCAGCGGCAACAACAAGCGAUGCAACAGAAACAACGGGCGACACAACAGCAACUGCAUCAGGUGCGGCAACAACAGGUGCAGCCGAUGCCGAGCUCGCAGGGGAUUUCCCCGCCUUCUGGUGUUCAAACACAGCAACCGCAGGAAAUGCAGCAAUUCAUGCAAUUUCAGGGCGAUGGAUUGCAUGAUUUCGACUUUGACGCGUUUUUGUUUGACGAGGACCCAAAGAAACCGGAACCUCAACCAUCUCUCGAGUUCCAGGACUCCCUUGUUGAAGAGACAGGCUUCACAACAACGUUCGAUCUACCCGGUCUCAAAACCCUGGUCCCCAAGUUCACCGUUUCAAAGCAACGCGUUGCUCGUCUUCAUUUCUCCAACGUAUUUUUCAGCCAUACUGUCGUGGCAAAGUACCAUCCAGCAGCCUAUCUCAAGGCCAAGCUCGAAAAUAGCAGCAAACUUACGCUUCUACAUGGACCAGCCAGCUUGACGCUUGAUGGGAGCUUCAUGGGACAGACCAAGGUUCCUCGAUGCAGCCCUGGUGAGAAGUUUACUCUCAGUUUGGGUGUGGACUCUUCGAUCAGAAUCGUGUAUCCCAAGCCUGAUGUUCGGAGAAGCACGAGUGGCAUGUUCAAUAAGGAAGACAGUUCUGUCUAUGUCCGUACUGUCACGGUGCAUAACACUCGUGUUACUGCCGGAAAACGAGUCAAUGUGCUUGUUUUGGAUCAGAUUCCAGUUUCCCAGGACGAUCACCUGCGUGUUGAGAUGUCGAGCCCUCGUGGACUCACAGUCGAAGGGCCUAGUCAGCCAGCUGGGGCUCCUGGACGUGACUCGGUAGAGGAUAAGGAUUGGGGCAAAGCGACAGCAUCUCUGAGGAAGUAUGGACAGGUCUCAUGGGAUGUUGCUUUGAAUCCGGGCAAGUCUGUCAAGUUACGCCUUGAGUAUUCGGUUUCGAUGCCAAGUGGUGAUGCUGCGAAUGAGUGUUGA